CCCCCCCCCCGCACCACUACUGGGCGCCUCGCAGCCUUGGGACACUUCACAUCCACCCAGCCCAGAGUGCACCGGGACCCCUCCGCCCACGCCACGCCACUAGCCAGCCCCCCCGCGGAGUCAGACGGUGCGCACCCAUCCACCCAUCCCCUCCACCCCAGGCUGGCAGAGCAGCCCGUGGAAGGCCAUCCGACCACCCCUUCAUCCAGGAUGGGACCCCUCUUACUGCUCUUCUCCUGCUGGACCCUGGUGGGAGCUCAGACCCCUUUGUUCAAGUUAAGAAGCGUGACGCUGACCAUCGAGCCGGCCACCGACCUCCUGCGAGACGCCAACGCCACACUGUGGUGCCGGGCGGGCGUCAGCUCCUCGGGAACCCUGACGCACGUCCCCGUUUACACCUUCUACAAGGACAGCACCAAGGUCUUCACCAAGAAGAGCGCCAGCUCGGAGCUGGCCUAUCCGCUGCUGCACGUCCGCUACUCCAACACGGGGAAGUACAAGUGCCGGGUGGAGAUCGACGGACAGGGGGAGAACAGCGACACCAGCAAGCUCACGGUAACAGGCGUCUCGGUGCCACUCCUCCAGCUGAGCAGGUCGUCGCUGAGCGAGGGCGAGGAGCUGACGGCGAGCUGCAGCGCGCCGGACGAGACGGGCGCCUUCUUCUUCUACUUCUACGUGGACGGCCGGGAGAUGCAGGACCAACUCGCCCGGUCCAACCGGGCGGACGCCCAGCUGCGCUUCAACGGUGGCGGCGUGCGCCGGGUCCACUGCGAGUACACCGUGAUGCUCCCGCCCGGAUCCACCAAGUCCAACAAGAGCAACACCGUCACGGUCUCCGUCAGGGAGCUGUCCUUCAGGCCCGUGCUGGAGAUCCGCCCGGUGGCGGAGGUCUUUGAGGGGGACCAGCUGAGCGUCUCCUGCAGGCCAGAGGGAAACUCCAACAUCCCGGGUGGCCUCUUUCUGCUCCUCACCCACGGCACCCAGCUGCUCGGCAGCGGAGUCGACCACGUCAACAGCAGCAUCACCGCGAAGGAAUCCGGGGAGAUAGAGUGCAGCUUCAAAGUGGGGCACGUUCCGAAGAAGGCUACCAAGAACAUUUCUGUGACCGAGCUGUUCUCGGUGCCCAGGCUGAGCGUGUCCCUCGCCGAGGUCUUCGAGGGGGACCGGAUGGUGCUGACCUGCAGCAGCGCGGUGCUGGUGGCCAGGAGGCUGUCCUCCGAGGACAUCUCCUACGCCCUGGACUCAAAGGGCCCGCCGGCCACGGAGCUGGGCGCCGGGCGCUUCUCGUCAAGGCCCCGCCCUACCACCUCAGCCACCUGCACCGCCGCGGCCAGGGGCAUCACCAAGCACAGCCCGGCGCUGCUGGUCCGGCCCAAGGUGUCUGUGGUCCGACCCAGUAUCUCCGUGGUGGGGCGAGUCGUUCUGGGCCGUCCCUUCCAGAUCCGCUGUCGGUCGGAGGGGGGCAGCUUGCUCAACUACACCCUGUUCAGGAAGUACGACCCCCUGAACGUGACCACGGUCAGCACGCUCCACCAGGAAGCCCUGUUCACCGCCACCAUCCAGGAGUCCGAUGACAUCAAACUCUACAUGUGUGAGGCGGCCAACAAACCAACAACGAAGGGGAGCUCAGCCCACGACUCAACGCCAGCGUUCCCCCUGUCCAACGCCACCCUGAUGGCCCUGCCCACGCCCUGGGACGUCUCCGAGGGCAACGAGCUCAUCCUGAUCUGCGCGGUGACGGGCACGCCCCCGGUCACCUUCAAGUGGUACCGCGGGGACGGCGGCGCCCAGCUGCUGUUCGCCGGGACCGCCAACGGGCGCAGCAUGGCGCACCGGAUCCACGCCGUGAGCCGCGACCACAGCGGCUCGUACUACUGCGAGGCCCUUUUGAUUUUCACAUCUUUUGAUAUUUGUCUUGUUUGA